GCAACCAUCAAGGGGGUCUCGAGUUUCAGUGCUGAGCAAGAGGCCCAGGCGCUGAGGAAGGCUAUGAAGGGAUUUGGCACAGAUGAAGAUGCCAUCAUCGAGAUCUUGACCAAACUAAACGUUUCUCAGCGUCAGCAAGUUCUGAUCACCUAUAAAAGCACUAUUGGAAGGGAUUUGAUUGAUGACUUGAAGUCUGAGCUGAGUGGGAAUUUUGAAAGGGUGAUCAUCGGUCUGAUGACUCCUACCACCAUGUACGACGUGCAUGAACUGAGGAGGGCUAUAAAGGGCGCAGGAACGGACGAAGGUUGCCUGAUCGAAAUUCUGGCUUCUCGCACAAACGAAGAGAUUCGGCGCAUUAACGAGAACUACAAACUUCAAUAUGGCCGUACCCUUGAGGAGGACAUUAUCUCCGACACAUCUUCCAUGUUUCGAAGAGUCCUCGUGUCCCUCGCGACGGGAAACAGAGAUGAGAGAACAUACGUGGACGAUGCCCUUGCUCAGCAAGAUGCCCAGUGCCUGUAUGAAGCUGGGGAGAAGAGAUGGGGAACGGAUGAGGUACAAUUCAUGGCCAUCCUCUGUACGCGGAACAGGUGUCACCUACUAAGAGUUUUUGAUGCUUACCAAGGGAUUGCUAAUAAGGACAUAACAGACAGCAUUAAAUCUGAGAUGUCGGGAGACCUUGAAGAUGCUUUGUUAGCUGUGGUAAAGUGCAUGAGAAAUAAACCUGCAUAUUUUGCUGAACAGCUGUAUAAAUCCAUGAAGGGCUUGGGAACAGAUGACAACACGCUGAUCCGAGUGAUGGUGUCCCGCUCGGAGAUCGAUAUGCUGGAUAUCAGAAGGGAAUUCCUGACCAUGUAUGGGAAAUCGCUCCACUCCUUCAUUAAGGGAGACUGCUCAGGAGACUACAGGAAAGUUCUGCUCCGACUCUGUGGAGGGGAGGAUUAA